ACUUUCUUCUCUGCCCUGAAAUUGAAUUCAUGUCAUGAAGGAAUUUAUUACAUCUCAGCCGGAACUUCUGCAAGAGGAAAGAAAAAACAAGUUUAGUGCAACACGGGGGACGUCACUGUCUCAAGUGACUGGAGCGACAGAGACGCGUGCGUGUCUGCUGCUCCAAUCAUACUGGGGAACACAGGGACCCUAUCCUUGUGAUCAGAACCCCGUCAUGUCACGUGACCGUGUGACGUCACAAGGUCCUUACGGCGCCUGGAGUUUAGACACGAUCCGCCAAAUACGGGAGCCCAGUCUGAUAGAUCAGCGGAGAGCCUCGUAGCAUGGCCAAUCCUUCCCAGUUCAGUGAAACGCAACAGAACAGGGUUCUAUCGGAAAUGGACUGGAAUCAGAAAUGGGAAAACAGAGAAAUUGGGUUUCACGAAAAGAGUGUACAUCCGUUACUAGAAGAAUUCUUGAAUGAAAUGCAAGCCGGAAGGACGAAGCUGAACAUCUUUUUCCCUCUCUGUGGCAAGGCGGUGGAUAUGAAAUGGCUGGCUGACAUGGGCCAUACUAUUGUUGGGGUUGACGUCUGUGAAAUUGGAAUCAAGGAAUUCUUUGCUGAACAGAACAUCCCUCACAAUGAAGAAGCUGUAGCUGGGAUCCCUGGAGCUAAAGUAUUUAAGAGUGCAUCUGGGAACAUUUCCCUGUACUGCUGCAGUAUCUAUGACAUAUCUGACGCAGUCAUUGGAAAGUUUGAUGGAGUGUGGGACAGAGGAGCAAUGGUAGCUGUGAACCCGAAGGACAGAGAACGUUACACCAGUGUCGUUCUGUCACUAAUGGCUAAGGACUGUAAUUACUUACUUGUAACACUUGAAUAUGAUCCUAAGUUGCAUAAAGGCCCACCAUUCUACGUACCUGAAUCUGAAGUAGCAAAUUUACUUGGUUCUUCAUGUGCUUUUAAGAUAUUGAAGAAGAUUGAUGCACUUGGUGACAAGCAGAAACAAUGGGGACUCGAUUUUUACUAUGAAAACAUUUACCUGGUCACUCCGAAACUGCAGUCUUGAUUAACUACACCCUUAUUUGUAGUCUUUUAUUUUUUUUUUGAAACACAGAGCUGUUAGUUUGUCAUGAUGUCUACCUCUUGAUUUUAGAUGUUCCUUCUCUUGUUGUCACUACCUCUUGGCCCCUCUAAUGAGCAGGCAGUAAAUCAAACGUAUUAUACUUUUAUCAAUAAAAUAUAUUUCCUCAAUGUU